GACGAGACAAGAGAAUGCCUGUGAGCAGGAUCGCCGUGGGUGCUCCGGGCGAGCUGUCCCACCCCGACACCGCCAAGGCCGCCGUCGCCGAGUUCAUCUCCAUGCUCAUCUUCGUCUUCGCCGGCUCAGGAUCGGGCAUGGCCUUCAGUAAGCUCACGGACGGCGGCGCCACCACUCCCGCCGGCCUCAUCGCCGCGUCUCUGGCGCACGCCCUCGCCCUCUUCGUGGCCGUCUCCGUGGGUGCCAACAUCUCCGGCGGCCACGUGAACCCUGCCGUGACCUUCGGCGCCUUUGUGGGCGGCAACAUCAGCCUCCUCAAGGCCCUGGUCUACUGGGUGGCCCAGCUCCUGGGCUCCGUCGUCGCCUGCCUCCUCCUCAAGAUCGCCACGGGCGGCGCGGCCAUUGGCGCCUUCUCGCUGUCGGCGGGCGUCGGCGCCAUGAACGCCGUGGUGCUGGAGAUGGUCAUGACCUUCGGCCUCGUGUAUACGGUGUACGCCACGGCCGUGGACCCCAAGAAGGGCGACCUCGGCGUCAUCGCGCCCAUCGCCAUCGGCUUCAUCGUCGGCGCCAACAUCCUGGCGGGGGGCGCCUUCGACGGCGCCUCCAUGAACCCCGCCGUCUCCUUCGGCCCGGCCGUCGUCACCGGCGUCUGGGAGAACCACUGGGUGUACUGGGUCGGCCCACUCGCAGGCGCGGCCAUCGCGGCGCUCGUCUACGACAUCAUCUUCAUCGGGCAGCGCCCACACCAGCAGCUGCCAACCACGGCAGCAGACUACUGAUGACCAUCAUCAUCAUGCACUGAAUAAUUAAGACCAGACCACUCAAUAUAUAUACAUAUGAAGAAUAACAUGCCAAAUCUCAUCUCCUAGCUAGCAACUUGAUUCUCCAUAUAUUUCUUAAAUACAAACUAAACUCGAUUGAGUAUAGCUUGGUAUGAAACCACAUGUGUGUGAUGUUAUUUUGUCCUUGUGGUAAUUUGUACAUCUCUAUCUCUAUCAUAUUAAAGCAUCAAUUUCGAC